AUGUCGACUACCAAGCAACACAGCGCAGGCAGCUAUGCCAAAUCCUUUCUCGAUUCGCUCUUUGCAACGAAGAAUGGCUCGCACCACCAUCCUCAGUCCUUCUCUUCCAGCUCGACCGCAGCUACCGCCAACACGGCAACAUCCUCGGUGUCAUCGUCUGUCGCAACCUCGAUUGGCGUAGCUCCACUCCUCACUGCCGCUUUCAAGCCCCACAAGCCCUCCUCUCUUUCAUCGUCAGCAUCCGCCUCUGCGUCUGAGGAUGGCACUGCCGACAAGGACACAUCAGGCUACGAUGCCUACUUGCCAUCCACCCUCUUGUCGCAAGCUGAUUACGCUGAAGAGAGCGCCGACCACAAUGAUGCCGAAGAUGACGAUGACGCCUCGUCCAUGGCCACGUCUCCACCGCUAUCUUCCUCGUUCAAAGCACAGCAGCUUUCCCUCCAAACACUCUCCCACCAUCGUACGUUUUCCUCAUCCAGCAGUCGCAGAACUUCGACCUCAGCUCCAUCCCCGGAAUAUGUCGCAGAUAUUCUCGCCUUGCUCAACGAUCAACAUCUUGACGAGGAAGAGCGCAUCGACAAGGUAAGAGCCACGCUCGCAAAUGCGCUGUAUGCCAUCGAGGGCGUUCCAUCGCCAUCCGCACGUAUCGACAAUCUCGUGCUCGAUCUCAUGCACCGUCAUCGCGAGGAUGUCCAGCCCACCGGCGUCCAGUUCCUCUCGAAUCCCAACCAGUCGCCUGUUCGCCGUCCUGCCAGCAUCCGGUCUUUCUCCACCUCGCGUCCAUGGACUCCCACUCGACCGUCCUUCUCCCCUGCUGCGUCGUUUGCUGGCACUCCCACCGACCUCACGCCUCCCGCUUUAAGCAUGGCUCAGCGUCCAACGUCUCCGCAUCUAGGUUCAAAUGCCUUGGCUUCCUUCACCUCCACCACCAGUCCCGUCUGGUCGUCUGCUAGCAUCAACACCGCCGCUAGCCCACGCCCGCAUCCAGGCGUCAUCGGCUCUGGCUCACCACGCGCUUCCCCAAAGCCAUGGAACCGCACCCUCUCCAACCUCUCCACCACGAGUCUAACGUCCUCCAAUGGUGCUGCCGCUGCCGCUGCCGCUGCUUCGCCCAUGUCCUCGCUCCCUCCAGGUGUCAUCGGCAACGCAGCUAGCCGUCCUGCUUCUCCUUCGCCCUUUGGCUCGCCCAAGCUCAACAUAGCGGCUACGGAGUUCAAGCCACGCACAGGCUCCUCCUCUACCUCUGCUGCUGCUCCAACUGCAUUCACGCCGUCUCGCCCAGCACCUCAUCUCGUCCGCCGCCCUAGCUCCAAUGCCAGCAGUACCAAUCUCGCCUUGGCAAACAAGAGUCACGCCGGUGCUGGCGACGAUGACGACGACGAAUUUUCGCCCUUCGGUACAGUCAAGCCUGCGCAACAGCAACCUCUCAGCUACGCUGGCUUCACAUCCUAUGACCCCGACGCCGGCUGGACCUCGGCGCAAUCAGUCGGCGGUGGUGACGCAUACAGUAGCAGCUGGUCCGAUUCCAGUCCAAGCGCUGCGUUCGGUGUCUCGGAAGGCGAUGCAUCGGGCCCUGAGCCAACGGCGCCUCUCACGCCAUUCGACAUGCUCUACUCGAUCCUUGUCACCGGAACCAAAGCUGGCUCAUCCGAAUGGAGUCCAGAACAGGUCGACGAGGCGCUCGUCAUGCAUAACUACGACGUCGAAAAGACCUUGAAUGCUAUUUGGGAGAAUGACGGCAGACCGUUGGGGGACGGAACGCGCUCGCUGCUGUCCAGUGGCCCCUCUGCCCCUCGCGUGCUCCCUGGACCGACAUCGAUCAGCUCGCCCCGCUUUACGCCGGUUCAGUUACCAGCCACCGCCGGUGUCAAGGCCGGAGUCAACGUCAUGUCCAGGGAAGCUCUCGGUCUUUCUGCCGCCCGUGGACAGCGUCCAGCCCUCUCCAGAUCUGGAUCCUCGCAGCUGGCGCCACGGUUCGAAGCAGUACCCGCCCAAACCUCAUUGGGUGCCGGCGCAAACCGCGUCUGUCGAUACUAUCUGGCCGGCGAAUGCCGCCGAAGCGACUGCCGCUUCUCGCAUGACUUGGACAACCGAGCCGUCUGUCGAUACUGGCUGAAGGGCCACUGCGCUCACAAUCCAUGCAACUUCCUGCAUGACUAUGAUGCACUCAACCAGCUUGCUACGGGUAUCGUGUCUGGUCUGCAUAUCAACGAUGCCAGCACCCAACAGACAGCAGCCGCCGAAUCUGACGGCAUCGAUACAUGGGGAGCGAGAGGAGCGUCGAAUGGAGCCAAGGACGACUUCCCAGAGCUUGGAGCAGGAGCCAAAGACGCCCCAUCCAAGACGUCGUACGCUGCAACGCUCGGAGGAGGCGCAGAUCCAUCCAGAAACAGAUGGGCUUCGACUCUGCAGAAAAGGGCACUGACAGAUGCUGCAACCAAGGCACAGAGUGACAAUCAGGGUGUCAUCAGCAUUAACCCCAAAGCUGCUCCCAUCCGCUCGCAGCCGGGCCCGAGCACACCGGAGAAUAAGCCAUCCGGCAAAGUGGCUAGCGUAGGCCCGCGUGCCUCAGCCCGACUGCCCUUGCGCCCUUCUGCUCUUCUGCCGACCCUGCUCACGGGAAGCAGUGCAGCCGAGACAUACCAGACUCGCCGGGGCGACGCCCUCUCACUUGCGGAGCAACGCAACAAGCUGCUCGUACGAGCUUCAGAAGCAUAUCGUAGAGGCGAUGUUGCUUCAGCAAAAAAGUUUAGCAAAGAAGCUUCAUCGCUCAAUCACCAAUACGAGGAUGAGUCGCGCACGGCGGCUCAUGCGAUUGUCAAGGAGCGCAUGCGCGAAUUGCGCUCUCGUCUCAACGAUCCGAAUGUUUCGGGCUCCAACGCGUCGUGUCAGAGUAAUGAAGCGGGUGCACGAAACCUGCGUGGCAAGGUUGUCGGCAGCGGACUCGGGCUCUGCCUUGGCGUAGUACGCCCGGGAUCGCUUCAAGGCAGUCAGGCCUCGCCCAUCACAGCCAAUCUGUCAGUGGACGAGCGAACAGAAUGUCUACUGGAUUUGCACGGCCUGCAUGCAAAGGAGGCAGUGGAGUUGACCGAGGAGUUCUUGCUCGGGUUGGAGGCUGAGGGCUUGCAAGGAUUGGCGUAUCUGGCCAUCGGCAAGGCCAAGCAUAGUAGCAAGGAGACCGACAAGAGGCGCGUCAAGGUGGGCGGAUUCAUCAAGCAGUUUCUCAGCAGCUAUUCGUAUCCGUUUGCCGAGAGCGAUGGUGUGCUUGUCGUCGAUCAUCUCACCCAUUCGUGA